AUGUUUUCUAGAACUCUUUUAGAAGCUCAUAAUUCUAAAGCAAUCAAAGGUAUUUCAGUAGCAAGAGGAGCACCACCUAUAAAUCAUCUUCUUUUUGCAGAUGAUAUUCUCAUUUUUACUCAAGCCAAUUUAACCAGUGUGAAUAAUCUUCUUCAAGUUUUGAAGGAUUUUAGUUUACGAUCUGGUCGGGUCAUUAAUUUUGACAAAUCUUAUGUUUUCUAUGGUAACAAUAUGAAUCCAUCUGUGUGUAGUACUGUCAGUAAUAUUUUGGGAGUUCAAUGCAUGGAGAAAAAUGAGAAAUAUUUAGGUUCCCCUCUGAUUAAUGGUAAAUCCAAGGUGAAAGCUUUUGAAGAUAUUCAGAUUCCUUUUGAGAGAAGACUUGGUAACUGGCAAGGUAUUAAUCUACACCAAGCUGGUAGAACUACAAUGGUUAAAAUUGUUCUCAAUGCUAUACCUAUGUACCAGAUGAGUAUUUUCAAGAUGCCUAAGACACUAAUUAAGAAGCGGGAUUCAUUGCAAAGGAAAUUUUGGUGGGGUUACAAGUCUAAUAGAGUUUUAAACUUAAUUGUUUGGCAGAAUAUGAGUUUAUCUCAAUAUUUAGGAGGUUUAGCCUUCAGGGAUCUAGAGAUGUUAAACCAUGCUCUUCUCACAAAAAUUUCAUGA